CGGUGACGCACGUCAGGGAGCUGCAAUAUUACUACAAAUCGAAUUCACACAGUGCACCAACAUGAGUUUCACUACAGAAGAAAGGGGCAACCCAAAUACGUUGAGUUAUAGAGUAUAUUUCAAAAACUCAGAUGGCAAGUACAUCUCACCCUUCCAUGACAUACCCAUGUAUGCAGAUGAAGCACAGAAUAUAUUCCACAUGGUUGUUGAAGUACCGAGGUGGACAAAUGCAAAAAUGGAGAUUGCCACAAAAGACCUGCUCAACCCAAUCAAGCAAGACGUGAAAAAGGGCAAGUUGCGUUACGUCGCCAAUGUUUUCCCACAUAAAGGCUACAUCUGGAACUACGGAGCAAUUCCUCAGACUUGGGAAGACCCAGGACACAAAGAUAAUGACACGGGAUGCUGUGGAGAUAAUGACCCCAUUGACGUUUGUGAAAUUGGUAGCAAGAUUUGUAAGCGGGGUGAAGUUAUCAAAGUAAAGAUCUUGGGUGUGCUGGCCAUGAUUGAUGAAGGUGAAACAGACUGGAAAGUUAUUGUCAUCAACGUUGAAGACCCAGAGGCAAAGGAUUUCAACAAUAUCAGCGAUGUUCGGAGACUUAGGCCCGGCUACCUGGAGGCGACGGUAGACUGGUUUAGACGGUACAAAGUGCCUGAUGGAAAGCCUGAGAACCAGUUUGCGUUCAACGGAGAGUUCAAAGAGAAGGAUUUCGCCAUUGAGACAAUCAAGAGCACCCAUGCCUUCUGGAAAGCACUUAUAUCUCAGCAGACUAAGGCUGGAGAACUCAACUGCAAAAACACCUGUGUGUCAAGUGCAGAUAGCCCAUUCUGCUGCUCUGCUGAUGAGGCCAAAGCGGUUGUUGAUGCAACUUGCCCAUGUGGAGAUGCUGACACCAUCCCAGAUACAGUCGACAAAUGGUUCUACUACGAGAAGUAAUUCAAGAAAAACGCCUCCAGGAAGGAGCAGUUUGAUUACAUCUGUUCGGAAUGUCUACUUGAAAAUAGAAAUAAAUAUUUCUGUAAAACUAUCAAAAAUCUAAUAUCUACGUAGAACAAAGACAACAUCUUGGUAGAUUUGCUUUUCGUUUUAUUUAACUAAAGUGUCGGUAGAGAGUUGCUGCUUAACAGAUAAUACAUGUAGUAUACGCUUUGGUUUAACUCAGGAACUGAGAACUCGUUCAUUUGUUUAGUAAAUUCUUUGUGUUUACGGAAAAUUUCAUUGUGUUUCUGGAAUCUACUUUGUGAAUUAAACCCAGGAAAUUCAAAUGUU